GGGCAGGAUGGGGGAUCCUCCUGCUGGGAGCACCCRGGAAGGUGGAGCUGAGGAUGGUGAGGCUGAAGCACCCCCGGGGGGGCUGGGGGGCAUUCCCUGCGAUCCCGGUUUCCGUGGGCAGCGUUCUCCUGCAAGGCAGGCGAGUUCCUGGAGAUGCAGGCGCAGUCGUGCCGCCCCUGCGCCGCUGGCACCUACUCGCUGGGCACCGGUGUCCGCUUCGACGAGUGGGACGAGGUGCCCCGCGGGUUCGCCAACGUGGCCACCAACCUGGAGCUGCAGGAGGGGCCCGGGAACACCGCUGGGAACUGCAGCGGUUGUCCCAACACCUACCAACCCCUCUCAACGCAGCUGAUGUACAAGUGGGCAGAGCCUAAGAUCUGCAGCGAGGAGCUGCCGCGGGCGGCCCGGCUGCCGCCCUCGGGGGGCAGGUCGCGGUGCCCCCCCUGCAACCCCGGCUUUGCCAAGGGCGCCAGGGGCUCCUGCCAGCCUUGUCCCCGCGGCUCCUUCUCCAACGGCUCCGCCUGCCUGUCGUGCCCGCCGGGCACGGAGCCCGCGCUGGGCCUGGAGUACAAGUGGUGGAACGUCUUGCCCCCCAACAUGGAGACCACCGUGCUCAGCGGCAUCAGCUUCGAGUACAAGGGCGUCGCAGGCUGGGAGGUAGCCGGGGACUUCAUCUACACGGCGGCCGGAGCCUCCGACAGCGACUUCAUGAUCCUCACGCUGGUGGUGCCGGGCUUCAGCCCUCCCAGCCCGGUGCUGGAGGACAUGGAGAGCCGGGAGGUGGGAAGGAUCACCUUCGUGUUCGAGACUGUCUGCAGUGUGGGCUGCGAGCUCUACUUCAUGGUGGGCGUGAACUCCCGUGCCACCAGCCCGGUGGAGACCUGGAGGGGCUCCACGGGCCAAGGGAAUCCCCAAACAGGCCGGCGCUACACGGGUGACGUGGCCAAGCUGUACAGCAUCAAUGUCACCAACGUGCUGGGGGGGGUGGCCUCCUUCUGCCGCCGCUGUGCCCCCCAGCCCACGGGCCCCUGUGCCCCCUGCCCCCCCGGCAGUGCCCUGGACCCCACGGGGACCUGCCAGCCCUGCCCCCCUGGCACUGUCCUGCGGGGACCCCCCUCGGGAGGGACCCCCUUGUGCCACCCCUGCGGGCCCGGCACUCGCAGCAACCAGCUGCGCUCCUUGUGCUACAACAACUGCAGCCUGUCCCUGUCCCUGCCCGGCCGGACGCUGCUCUACGAGUUCCCUGCACUGGGUAUGGGGCUGGAGGUGGGCACCGGGCCCAGCUUCACCCCCAAAGGGCUGCGCUACAGCCACCGCUUCCAGCUCAACCCCUGCGGCCACCAGGCAUGCCCUGCAUGUGCCAGGCGUGUGCCAGGCGUGUGCCAGGCAUGCCACGUGUGCCAGGCGUGUGCCAGGCGUGCUGUGUGUCCCCAGGGCAGGAAGAAGGCCUCGUGUGCCGACUCGGUGCCGCAGGGCCGGGGGGGGGCCCCCGCCCGCCGGGUGACAUCCUACGUGUGCCAGGCCAUCGUUGUGCCCCCCGACAGCGCCGGGGCCCGCGGGGCCGUGUCCUCCCAGCCCGUGAGCCUGGGGGACACCCUGCUGGGUGUCACCACCAGCGCGGUGCUGGAUGGCGUCGUGUCCCCCCCGGAGCUGUUCCCAGGCAGCCAUUCCGACCUGCCCGACGUCAUCUUCUUCUUCAGGUCCAAUGAUGUCACACAGCCCUGCACCAGUGGCAGGGCCACCACCCUCCGUCUGCGCUGUGACCCCCUGAGCCCCCCCAGUGGCACCCUGGUUGUCCCCAGGGGGGGGGGGACACUGGGGACCCUGGGGGGGGCUUUGAGGACCCCCAAGGUGACCCCACCAUCUCCUGCUGGGGUGGGCUGGUCCCUAGGGUGCUUCACUUUGGGGACACAGGUGUCGUGAUGUCCCCAACCUUGGGGCGUCACCCCGGAUGUCCCCAGGUGUGGGGGGGGACACCGGGGAUGCCAAGGGGGUUUGGGGACCCCCAGGAUGACCCCCCCA